CAACGCUCCGCCAUGGAUCCAGUCUCGAUUGACGCCGUCGUCGUCGACCACAACAAUGGCAUCCAGCCCAUGCCCACGCCCAGCCCGCCGCCCGCCGACCCCAUGGCCACGGAACAGCCCAAGCUGAAGGGAACACAGCGCCUCCUCAAGGGCCUCCAGCGCAUGGGCUCUUCUCCCAGCCUGGCCACGCUGGGCAGGCAUCGCUCACACAGUCUGAGGGGUGGAGGCAAGGCUUCAAUGUCCUGUGUCUCGCUGGCAUCGCCGGGCUCGCCCUAUGGCACCUCGUUUGCCAGUUCAUAUUCAUCCGAACUCUCCAACGGCUACUCGACAGCCCCGACCUCAGUCGCCAACAGCCCCCCCGGCACGCCCUUCUGGGACGAGAGAGCGCGCCUGCGCAUGAAGACUCCCGACGCCCCAUCGUCCGUCCCUCUCCCCUCCUCGCGAAGACCCUUUACCAGAGAUGGCCGAGAGGCCGAGAGCGACUACUUUUCGCGCCCCGUCCGCAAGGCCCCCAGAAGGGCCAACUUCAACUUUUGGGAACAAGUGCCUCCCGAGGUCCGCAUACAGAUUCUCCGAUAUCUCGAGCCCAAGGAAGUCGUGCGCUGUUCCCGCGUCUCCAAAUCGUGGCAUGACAUGUGCUUUGACGGCCAGCUGUGGAGCGACCUCGAUACGACCAAGUACUAUCGCGACAUUUCGGCCAACGCUCUGGUCAAUAUCAUCACGUCGGCUGGUCCUUUCGUUAAGGACCUGAACUUGCGAGGCUGUGUCCAGCUGAGGGAACACUGGGGCAAGGACGGCUUCAUCGAGUCUUGCCAGAACCUGGAGAACUUUUCGCUCCAAGGUUGUCGCAUCGACCGAGCGUCGAUUCACUGCUUCUUGCUUCAGAACAGCCGCCUCGUACACGUCAAUCUGUCUGGUCUUGCGGGCGCGACUAACGCAGCCAUGAAGAUUCUUGCUGGGCACUGUCCCAGGGUCGAAGUCCUCAACAUCUCGUGGUGCAACAACAUUGACAACCGAGGGCUCAAGAAGGUAGUUGAGGGAUGCCCGAAGCUGCGAGACAUUCGGGCUGGCGAAGUAAGAGGCUGGGACGACGUCGAUCUCAUGGUCGAGCUGUUCAAGCGGAACACGCUCGAGAGGCUUGACUUGAAGAACUGCGAUAGCCUUAGCGACGAGGCACUGGCUGCUCUGAUUGAAGGUGUGGAUGAAGAAGUUGACCUUCUUACUGACCGGCCUAUCGUACCACCCAGGAAGCUCAAGCACCUGAACCUCACCCGCUGUCGCAGCAUUACUGAUGCGGGUCUCAAGACGUUGGUCCACAACGUGCCGUUCCUCGAGGGUCUCCAGGUCUCCAAGUGCGGAGGUUUGACCGACGAUGCCCUGAAAAGCUUACUGCCCACCGUUCCAGUCCUUACCCACCUGGACAUUGAGGAGAUUGACGCGCUGACCAACGAGCUUUUGAAAACGCUUUCCGAGUGCCCAUGUGCUCCGCAUUUGAGGCAUCUUUGCAUAUCAUACUGCGAGAACUUGGGUGAUGCUGGCAUGCUCCCUGUUCUAAAAGCCUGUCCUCGCCUUGCCUCCUUGGAGAUGGAUAACACGCGCAUCUCUGACCUUGUCCUGGCCGAAGCUGCCUCUGGAUUGCGCAACCGUAACAAGAGUGCCCUUGGACUGGCCCACUCGGAGCGGCCUGAAGUGGGUCUUCGCAUCGAGGCCUAUGACUGCGCAAACGUUACUUGGACUGGUGUCCGUGAGGUUCUAUCACGAAAUGCAGAGAUUACCCGCCCCUCCUCUCGGUCUGCUUCCAAAGCACCGACAUAUCCGCGCGAGAUCAUCAAGCUCAAGUGCUUCCACAACUGGCAACCCACCGUCGAGGAACACACCAAGCGCGUCUUGCGGGGUGACUUUGCCGCAGCUGCGCGUCUGGAACGCAAAUGGGCUGACUGGAUGAUGCUCAACGAAGAGGCCGGUGUUGGUGGGGCUGGAGCCAGGCGGCGCCGGAGGAGAGCACGAGAGGCGCAGCUCAUGCACGCCGAUGAAGAAGAAGGCGGCGCAGGCGUGACGGGUAUUGGCCGUCGUCGGCGUGCGCGAAGUGGCCCUGGUGGCUGCAUUGUCAUGUGAUGUUCAUCGUGUUCAGAUUGAUUUUCCGGGGCACAUUCUCUUGAUAUUGGAUUUCAUGUCACAGCCGAUUGAGCGCGGGGUGGAGAUAGUGCUUGUGCGCAUGCGGCUGUUGAUACUUUGCCUGAGGAGUUUGGAUCUAUUUCUUAUCAGCGAUCACAAGACGCAUUGGUUGGAGUUGAAAUAUUAUAGACUUGGGGCCAGGCAGCGAGGAAGACGCUUGUCUGAGCUGUUGUUGAAAUGAUUGCGCGUGUGGUUACUGGGAACAUGCACUGUUGGACUUGAAAUUCCUUGGCAAGCUUUCCAGUCUACGUUG